GACCAAAUGAACGUUCUCCAUCGUCUUCGGAGUACAUACUCGAAUUUAUCCAUGUAGCGCUGAUACUGUGUGAGUUGUGCGUUGGUGUACAAUAAAACCAACCCUGUCCCGCGCUCUCGCCAGUUCCAGAGUAGGCUGCGACCUACGACCACGACCACGGCCACUCCACACGCCUCGACAUAACUAGUUACCUGGGUAACAACAAGUUCCAAUGAACACUCGUACCGCAGCUAUCGCCGCGCUCGCCAUCACCAUCUUUGGUGCACUCUACUUCGUUACCACCGCUCCAGCAGGCAGUUCUUUCCACAUGUCUUCUUCAUCCUCUUCCAGCGCAACCACCGUGCCAGGUAUCGAAUUUAAGCUCUCACAGAUAUCGCGCUCUCCACCAUCAAUCCUCGUAACCCUGAAGAACCACAGCCCCUCUUCAACAUACACUUUGCUCAAAUGGGGCACACCUUUAGACCCUCUCGCCCAGAACUUGGGCGUAUUCAAACUCAACAACGCCGAUACAGGAGAGGAGGUUUCGAUUGACAUCAUCAAGAUCUCUAGGAAGAUGCCGCCGCCACGCGACGCUCUCGUGACUAUCAUGCCAGGCACGGAGGAGUCCACCGAAGUGAUAUUUGACAAGCCUUGGAUGCCGAACACAAAACCCGCGAAAUACAACGUAAGAGCAGAGGGACGAUUCAUGGGCAUCUGGGAAAAGAGUGCAGAUGAAGUGACCGACGACGAACUUGAUGAUUAUUCUGCCGGGCCGCUUAAUGGCCGUUUGUUCAAAACCGAGGAGGUCUUGAUGUUGGUUCAGUAGGAAGGUACUUUUAACUCGGCGCCAUCAUAAACCCCAUCAGCAAGGAUUAUGUGGGGAAAACGAAGCUGCGCGCCAGCUUGCUUACAUCUCUCGCUUGCACUUAAACAAGCCUCUUCAGAUCGUCAUAAACCAAAGAACCACAGCGGCGAUGAUAGUGUAUUGGCCAGUUUUUGUACUUUCUGUUCUUCCCCCCUGGUUUUUGUAGUGCAGCGUCACAGUCGUGACUGGGGCAGCUUGGGUAGGGGUCUUCCCUAUGUCUGUAAAUGCAUCUAAGGUCAUUGUUAAUGCGGCGUUUCUUUGGAACGCUCAACCUGAAUCCUACCUGUACGUGACGAAGCCGU